CAUUCCCAUUAUUGAACUUACAGAGACAAACGCUUCACGCAACGUAACUGCGAACGAACCAACCAUGUCUUCCUCUCUGGCUCAACCUCUUCCAUGGCUAUUGCUACUGCUCGCUCUCGCCGUCUUCACGGCGGAAACAGCCUCCGCGGCGGAGUUGGAGGUGGAGCCACUAGGAGGUAAAGCGCCUCAGAGAGAAUUUGACUAUUUCGCGUUGGCGUUGCAAUGGCCUGGAACUUACUGCCAACGCACUCGCCAUUGCUGUUCCAAUAACGCUUGCUGCAGAGGGUCCAAUGCUCCAACAAUAUUCACCAUACAUGGACUCUGGCCUGACUAUAAUGAUGGGACCUGGCCAGCCUGUUGCACUAAAUCUCGUUUCGAUCCAAAAGAGAUAUCAACAUUGACUGAUGCCUUAGAGAAAUAUUGGCCAUCAUUGAGCUGUGGCUCACCAUCAACCUGUCAAGGUGGAAAAGGAACAUUUUGGGCUCAUGAGUGGGAGAAGCAUGGCACAUGCUCAUCUCCUGUAUUUCGAAAUGAAUAUGAUUACUUCCUGGCGACACUGAAUAUCUACUUCAAAUAUAAUGUCACAACUGUUCUAAAUGAGGCUGGUUACGUUCCAUCUAACACAGAAAAGUAUCCCCUUGGAGGCAUUGUAUCUGCCAUUGAGAAUGCUUUCCAUAUGUCUCCUUUAAUAAUUUGCUCAAAAGGUUCUGUGGAGGAGCUUCGCCUAUGCUUCUAUAAGGACUUCAAGCCACGUGAUUGUGCUGUUGGACAAGACAUUAAAACUGACAUGGUUUCAAAAGGAUCAUGUCCCAAGUAUGUUAGCUUGCCAGAACAUGCAUCAUUGGGAGGGCCAGGGCGUGAUGGGCUCCAAAGUUGGGUGUCUGAUGAUGCAGCAGCAUUUUAAGGUUAUCGUAGAAUGCUUCUACUUGUAAAUUUCUGUACCUUGCGAAUAAACAAAGCUAAGCCACGUGCAUAAAUUUAUUUGGAUGCUGUUACCAUUUAUCAAUUUGAGGACAAAUUGAUAACGUGAAGCCCUGGACCGCUUAGCCGGAAAAAUGAAGAGAUGGAUGACUGAAUGUAUUAUUUGGGACUUAUGUCAAGCCUGCUGCCGUGUAUUUGGGGGCUGGUUUUAUCUGUUUCUUUAUUGCUAAAGUUAUGUACAAGUAUGACUGUAUAAUAAAUUAUGUUGUAUCAUAAGCAGUUGCGAUACAUUUGCAUUACGAGUGAGUUCAAACACGAGCAAUGUUCGUGUUGUGUUUAAUUAGGUAUGUGAUGCACUACGAGAACAAGUAAUUAAAAAAAGCUUGGCAUUCACGGUUUAUACAA